AUGACCGUGCAAGGGAUCAGUAUUCUUUUUCAGCUUAAGCCUGUCAUGCGUGCUGCAGGUCCGAUGGAGGAGAAGAAGCCAGACUAUUGGGCUACAGCCAAGGAACAGUUACUGAAUAACCCUAAUCUUUUAAUGCAACGUUUGAUGAACUACGACAAGGAACAUAUUCCUGAACGACUUAUUCAAGCUGUUAGGCCGUUGGUUUCCUCUGAAGACUUUACGCCAAAGAAAAUUGCCGGUGCCAGUCAAGCAUGUGCAGCAAUGUGUCAGUGGACUCAUGCCAUGGUGAAAUUUCACGAGGUAAACAAGAAGGUGGAACCACUGCGGCAAAGGUUGGCUGUUGCUCAAGAAGACAACCGUGUCUUUCAAGAGAAACUUUGCAUAGCGCAGGCUAGACUGGAAGAGGUUGCGAAAAAAUUGGAGGAAUUACAAACCAACAAGACACGCGCUGAGGAAGAAAUGAAGGAAUUGGAACGUGUGGUGGAGCUGACAGAAAUCAAACUUGGGAGGGCAGCUAUGCUUAUUGAUGGACUGGCAGGUGAAAAGAAGAAUUGGAAGAAUACGCUGCAUGAGAUUGAUGAAAAUUCCAAGUUUCUUUUGGGCGAUAUGAUUGCGGCGGCCGGACAAAUCGCCUACGUGGGACCAUUCACCGCCUCAUAUCGUAGUGAUUUAUUACAGGCAUGGAUGGCUGAACUUGAAGAUCACCGUAUUCUGCACCAUGCGCAGCUUUCCGUGUACCACACUUUGCAGGACCCCAUUGUCACUCAGGGGUGGAAUGUCAAUGGACUUCCUACGGAUAUGUUAUCGGUGGAAAAUGCCAUUAUUAUGAAUAGUGCACGUCGUUGGCCGCUAAUGAUUGACCCACAGACUCAAGCGAACAAGUGGAUUCGACAAACCUUUGGUGAAGGGAUAGAGAUCUUAAAACCCAGCCAGAAGGAUUUGAUCAAGCGUAUUGAGUAUGGUGUUCGUUCAGGUCGAGCUGUGCUUUUGGAGAACAUUGGUGAGGGAAUUGAUGCCAGUCUUGCUCCGCUUCUUGCCAAGCAGACCUUUACGCAAGGUGGACAGGAGAUGAUUCGUUUGUCAGAGCAUCCCAUUCCUUGGAAUCCGGAUUUUAGGUUUUACAUGACUACCAAGCUUCCAAACCCGCACUACAUUCCAGAGGUGAUGGUGCAAGUCACGCUACUAAAUUUUUUUAUUACCCCUCAGGGGCUAGAGGAUCAGCUUCUUGGUGUUGUAGUGGGGCAGGAGCGCAAGGAGCUGGAAAUGCGUCGGAGUGAGUUAAUUAAAGACAAUGCUGCAAUGCGGGCCGAGGUUGCCAAUAUUCAGAAGACUAUUUUGCGGAAAAUGGAGGAGGUCACCGGUGACAUUUUAGAUGAUGAGAGCCUUAUUCAAUACCUGAAUCAGUCGAAGACUACCACGGAUGAGAUUAAAAUUAAGGUGGAAGAGGCUGAAGAGGCUGAGAGGGAAAUCAACGCAAGCCGAGAGUGGUAUCGUCCGGUUUCACGUCACUCGUCAUGUUUAUUUUUUUGCAGUGCAACUCUCUCCAAUGUGGAUCCCAUGUAUCAAUACUCCCUACAGUGGUUUGUCCGGCUCUUUAUCAAUGGUAUCGAGUCAGCAGAAGAGUCAGAGGACCUGGAAACACGACUUCGGAAUCUAAGAGAUUACUUCACGUACAGUUUCUACCAAAACAUCAGUCGUUCACUCUUUGAGAAGCAUAAAAUUAUGUUUUCCUUCUUUCUUUGCAUACGUAUUUUACAACAGGAGGGUGGCAUUGAUGAGGAUGAAUUUCGUUUCCUCCUGCAAGGGCCUUCUAUGAGCUCCAUAACGCAGCCUAGUCCAGCACCAUCUUGGCUUACCGAGUCCACGUGGGCCGAUAUUUGCUACCUUUCAGCUAACUUUGCCUGUUUCAAGGGAAUUUCCAUGCACAUUGCCGAUAACUUGGAACAUUACCGUAAGAUUUUUAUGUCUUCUACAGCUCAUACAGAAAGACUAAAAGGUGUGUACGCAGAACGGCUUACUCCCAUGGAACGUAUGAUGUUCCUGCGUUGCCUCCGGCCAGAUAAGUUGAUGGAGGCGGUACAAGAUUUUGUGAAGGACAAUUUAGGAGAACGUUUUAUUCGUCCACCCCCGUUUGACCUCUUAACAUCGUUUAAGGAAUCAAACCCCAUGGCGCCACUCAUCUUUAUUCUUUCCCAAGGUGCGGAUCCCUUUGAAGACUGGAAAAAGUUUGCCGAGUCACAAAACAUGGGUAAGAAACUUUCUGACAUAUCUCUUGGGCAAGGACAAGGCCCUCGUGCUGAACGCAUGUUACAGGAAGGUAUGGAAAAUGGUGCGUGGGUUCUCUUACAAAACUGCCACUUGGCGACGUCGUGGAUGCCAACCUUGGAACGACUUGUAGAGGCCAUGAGUCCUGGAAUUCACCCUGCAUUUCGUCUUUGGCUCACAUCUAUGCCAAAUCCACACUUUCCAGUCUCUGUGUUGCAAAAUGGUGUUAAAAUUACAAAUGAACCACCCAAAGGUAUGCAGGCCAAUGUUACACGCUCUGUUACAAGUUACCCAAGCGACUAUAUGAAUACCUGUCGCAAACCGAAGGAGUUUAAAAAAAUGUUUUUUGCAAUGUCUUUUUUUCAUGCUCUUAUUCAGGAGCGUCGUAAAUUUGGUCCACUGGGGUGGAAUAUUCCUUAUGAAUACACGUCUGGAGAUUUGGGGUGUUGCAUCACGCAGAUUCACAUGUUUUUGGAAAAGUACGGCGAAAUUCCAUAUAAGGUCAUCAAGGAGCUGAGCGGCAAUAUUCAUUACGGUGGCCGUGUCACGGAUGAUUGGGAUCGGCGAACCCUUAAUACAAUAUUGGAGGUGUUUGUCUGUCCUGAGGUGAUGCAGGAUGACUACAUUUUCUCUCCAUCUGGCAUCUAUCGUUCUAUUCCAGCUGGGUCGCAGAAGGAUUAUUUGGAGUACAUUGACUCUUGGCCUCUCAAUACAAAUCCUGAAAUUUUUGGCUUGCACGAAAAUGCCGACAUCACGUGCGCGCGUAAUGAGACGUUUGAAACGUUGGAGGCCAUCGUUGCUUUGCAAGGUGAAGCGACACGAAAGAAUGCCUUGGGGAAGUCCCCAGAUGAAGUUGUUGUGGAGCUGGCUGAACUUAUUCGAGGUAAGUUGAGUGAUCCAUUUAACAUUGUGCAGUUUUACAAGAGAUAUCCUACACGGUAUGAAGAUUCUAUGAAUACAGUGCUUGUACAGGAAGCUAUUCGAUUCAAUCGUCUCACGGUAGUGGUGCGAGAAACACUUGCGGUACUUCCCCUUGCCAUUAAGGGAGAAGUAUUGAUGAACCGGGAGCUGGAGGAGGUAUAUCGUUGCCUGUAUAAUAAUCAGGUACCCGGUCAGUGGUCGGAACGGGCCUAUCCAAGUCUUAAACCGCUUGGCUCAUGGGUGGAUGAUUUGACGCAACGCUUGGCAAAGAUCCAGGCAUGGUAUGAGGGUGGGCACCCCAAUGUGUACUGGAUAUCUGGUUUCUUUUUCCCACAGGCGUUCUUGACGGGUAUUCUGCAAAAUUAUGCUCGUAAGAAGCAGAUUUCCAUUGAUACCAUAAGCUACGGCUUUGAGUGGAUAAACACGGAUCCUGCUAAGGUAACUGCGCCCCCUAAGACAGGUUGCUACGUCUACGGCAUAUUUAUUGAAGGUGCACGGAUUGACUGCAAUACGCUGCAGCUUGUGGAGUCCAUGCCUAAGGUGCUGUUUGAGCACGUCCCCAUGUUGUGGCUCAAUCCCAUUAUCAACAAGGAAAAGCCAAAGGAUGACGUGUAUAUCUGCCCACUUUACAAGACACUGCGUCGUGCGGGUACACUGAGUACCACGGGUCACUCAACAAACUACGUUCUCACGAUGGAAAUACCCACUACAGUUGAUCCUAGUCAUUGGAUAAAGCGCGGUGUUGCUUGCGUGUGUGCAUUGAACUCCUAA